AUCUUAUUUCCCCCUUAAUUUGUUUAGGAAAUGUUAGGUUUGCUGGUGCUUCUGUUUGGCCAGUGGGGGAGAGCAUUGAUCUCUUUUUGUGUAAGUUCCUGAAGUCAGGGGAGUCAGCAAGGAGGCAUCUCCAAAGUUCCUGCGUAUGUAGAAGUCUCUGACGUCUGUAUCGCUGGAUCGUGUCUUCCUGCAGGCCUGAACAAUGUGUCCCUGCACAACUUAGGACCAGGGUACCUCAGGGAUGUCCUGAACCCUUAAAUCCCAGCUCAAUCACUGAGAUCAUCUGCAGAUGUGUCACUGGUCAUUCCCUGAGUUGGUGAGGCUUGUUUGACAACAACGAGAAGCACAGUCUUUGGUGUCAUCAGCUCAGUCCUGUAGAAUACUCUGCCAACAGAGUUUCAGCAGGCAACUUCUGUGCCAACUUUUAAAUGCCUGCUGGAAACUUUCACAUUCUUUCGGGCAGGUGCAGGCAAUUAAGGACACUUCCUUCCUGUUUUUAACUCUUUUAUGGCCUUACUGUAUGGUUUUAUUGCUGACAGCUGCUUUGAUAAAUUGCUGUUGUUGUGACACAGUUGUACGCACAUAUUUAAAUAAAUAAACAACUAACUUCUAACAAGCCAAAUUCUUGUACAUUUUGCCUCAUGUCCCAAGUCCUACAAAUGCUGGAAAUGUACUCUCUCUUUUUAAAGAAAGCUGAGAAUCUGAGGACCCUGAUUCAUUCAGGGGAGAACAACACUUGCUGAAGCUCUCGUAGUAUCUGAUGGGGGAAGUCCUAGCUCUAGACUUCCUGUAUCAAACAGAAAGUUGAUUUAGGCUUCCCCCAACAUUAUUGAUACCAGGAUAUGGAAACAACAAUUUGAAAGGGGCUUUGAAAGACCCUGUUUGCUUGGUUUGAAACACCACCCUUAGCAAGGAAUAACUUGUUUAUAGAAAAGAAAUUGAAAGCAAGUAGAGAUUUUCAGAAAUCCAAAUGGGAUGUCGUGGAAUCAUAGGGUUGGAACAGAUCUGAAAACAAGAGUCUUGGACCAUCCACCCCCAUAUUCCCUGGCCCAGUUCACACAGACCCAGACCACAGUUUUGAGAACAGAUACAGUGCAGCAAAGGUACCCGUGGAUUCACAGAGACAGAAGUGCAGAGAACAAUUACCGGUAGGUUUGUGUAGCCUGUGCUGCUGAAUCCUCUAAUGAAUUGAUUCUGUUCUCCCAGGGGAGUACAGGAACUGCAGAAGCAAGAGACCUCGUGCUUUCCCGUAACUUUUGGCAGAGCUUUACCAAACCAUUCUUCAAAGAGGAAAGCAAAAGGCAUAGUACCAGACUGGAGAUAAUUUAUAUGUACGUUCCUCAGGGCUACUGGAUUGAGGCACUACCAUAAUGGCUUGGGAAGAAACCACAGGACGAUGAUUCCUAUCACUGAAUUCCGCCAGUUCUCUGAGCAGCAGCCAGCCUUCCGGGUGCUGAAGCCGUGGUGGGAUGUCUUUACAGACUACCUUUCCGUUGCCAUGUUGAUGAUUGGCGUCUUUGGUUGCACGCUGCAGGUUAUGCAGGAUAAGAUCAUAUGCCUUCCAAAAAGGGUGCAGCCUCCGCAGACCAAUUCUCACCUUCCCAAUGUGUCAAAUCUAGACUCUGACGCGACUCCAUUUCUUCCACCCAAGCCAUCCACACCUCCUGCUACUGUUGAAAUGAAGGGCCUCAAGACUGACUUGGACCUCCAGCAGUACAGCUUCAUCAACCAAAUGUGCUACGAGCGUGCCCUGCAUUGGUACGCAAAAUACUUCCCUUACCUCGUCCUCAUCCACACUCUGGUGUUCAUGCUGUGUAGCAACUUCUGGUUCAAAUUCCCCGGGUCGAGCUCCAAAAUCGAACAUUUCAUCUCCAUCCUGGGGAAGUGCUUUGACUCUCCUUGGACCACGAGGGCUUUGUCGGAGGUCUCUGGAGAAGACUCGGAAGAGAAGGACAACAGGAAGAACAACAUCAGCAGGUCAAACACAGUCCAACCUAGCGCAGAGGGGACUUUGGUCCAGGCUCAGUCUCUGAGAUCCAUACCUGAGAAGUUCAUUGUGGAUAAAGGGACCCCGGGAGCUCUGGAUAAAAAGGAAGGAGAACAGGCCAAAGCGUUGUUUGAGAAAGUGAAGAAGUUCCGGCUUCAUGUUGAAGAAGGGGACCUGCUCUACGCGAUGUACGUUCGUCAAACGGUGCUGAAGGUGAUUAAAUUUCUUAUCAUCAUUGCCUACAACAGCGCCCUUGUUUCAAAGGUUCAGUUCACUGUAGACUGUGAUGUUGACAUCCAGGACAUGACCGGUUAUAAGAACUUUUCUUGCAACCAUACGAUGGCGCAUCUGUUUUCUAAGCUUUCCUUCUGCUAUUUGUGCUUUGUAAGCAUCUAUGGAUUUACAUGCCUUUACACUUUGUAUUGGCUGUUUUACCGCUCGCUCAAAGAAUAUUCUUUUGAGUAUGUCCGGCAAGAGACUGGCAUCGACGACAUCCCAGAUGUCCGCAAUGACUUUGCGUUUAUGCUACACAUGAUAGACCAAUAUGACCCACUUUACUCCAAGAGGUUUGCUGUGUUCCUUUCCGAGGUCAGCGAAAACAAACUGAAACAGCUUAAUCUGAACAACGAGUGGACUCCGGAGAAGUUGAGGCAAAGACUGCAGAUGAAUGCCCACAACCGUUUGGAACUACAGCUCUUUAUGCUGUCCGGACUUCCCGACACGGUUUUUGAAAUAACAGAGGUUCAAGCGCUGAAAUUUGAAAUAAUUAACAACGUCAUGAUACCAGCCACCAUUGUGCAGUUGGAUAAUCUCCAGGAGCUCUCAUUGUACCAAUGUUCAGCAAAGAUCCACAGUGCAGCCUUGGCAUUCCUGAAAGAAAAUCUGAAAGUCUUGAAUGUCAAAUUUGAUGACUUCCGAGAGCUGCCACCUUGGAUGUAUGGGCUCAGAAAUUUGGAAGAGUUGAACUUGAUUGGUUCUUUGUGCCAUGACAUUUCUAAAAAUAUAACUUUGGAGUCCUUUCGGGAGCUCAAGAACCUGAAAGUUCUGUACAUUAAAAGCAACAUGUCCAAAAUCCCACAGUCUGUGGUUGAUGUUUCGAGUCACCUUCUGAAAAUGUGCAUCCACAACGACGGCACUAAGCUGGUGAUGCUCAACAACUUGAAGAAAAUGGCCAACUUGACGGAACUAGAGUUGGUGCACUGCGACUUGGAGCGCAUUCCCCACGCUGUGUUCAGUCUUGCCAGCCUCCAGGAAUUAGACCUGAAGGAAAACAACCUCAAAUCAAUAGAGGAAAUUGUUAGCUUUCAGCAUCUUAGGAAACUCACCGUCCUCAAGCUGUGGCACAACAGUAUAACCUACAUCCCUGAGCACAUAAAGAAGCUCUCCAGUCUGGAACGGCUUUCUUUCAGCCACAACAAGAUAGAGGUCCUCCCAUCCCACCUCUUCCUCUGCAACAAAAUUAGAUACUUAGACUUGUCUUACAAUGACAUCCGGUUCAUUCCCCCGGAAAUUGGGGUGCUGCAAAGUUUACAGUAUUUCUCAAUCACUUGCAACAAAGUGGAAAGUGUGCCGGACGAGCUCUACUUCUGCAAAAAACUCAAGACGCUGAAGAUUGGGAAGAACAACUUGUCCGUUCUCUCGCCUAAGAUUGGGAAUCUGGUAUUGCUGACCUACUUGGACAUCAAAGGAAAUCACCUGGAAUUUCUCCCCCAUGAACUUGGUGAAUGCAGAGCACUGAAAAGGAGCGGCCUGGUGGUCGAAGACACCUUGUUUGAAACCUUGCCCUUAGAUGUCAGGGAGCAGAUGAAGGCAGAAUAAGCUCAACCCUCUUAGGUCUUUUACAGCAGGGGUGGGGAAACCUUUGGCCCUCCAGGUGUUACAGGAUUCCAACUCCCAUCAGCCCUAGCCAGCAUGGGCACAAAUCGUUAUGAAUACACAAAAAAGCAUGUCUGGAAGGGCCUUAAAACCACAUAGUCUGGGGUCUCCAACCCCACUUGAAUGUGCUUUACAAAAUGAUGCCCAGGCUACAACAGCCUUCUGGACCCUUUGGACUCCAACUCCCAUCAUGCCCAGUCAGCAUGGCAAGUGGCCAGGCCAGGAAUGAUGGAUUUUGUGGUUCAGCAGCAUCUGGAGGGCCACAGGUUUUUCACCCCUGUUUUACAGAAACUCGUCUCUGUCAAAUGCCUUGUACAUCACGAGCUAGCCUGAAUAUGCCUUUAAAGUCUAUUUUUAUUAUUUUAGUGGUCCCUUUGUAUGGACACUUUUGGACUAGGUUGUAUAUGUAUAUAUAUAUAUAUUUUAUAUAUAAAAAUUUUACUUGGUUUUCCUCACCCAACGGUGUUUGUAACUGUUCAAAUUUUUAUUUUGCCUUGAUAUGAAUGGGUCUGCGUAGUUCUUAUUUUGUAUCAGUGAAAUCAAGUUGCUUGUCUGCCUUAAAAAAGGGGGGGCGCUCUCCAGAAAUACGGUCAGUAUGUUUCAAGGCAUUGAAUGAAGGUUACCUAUAUGAAUGUAGAUGAAUGUACAGUUGUCAUAGCAACUCUAAGCCAUUUGAUUCAGUUUUGUGUACCAGCUUAUCCAAGGUUGGGGAACCUGUUGCCCUCCAGGUGUUGCUGAAUGACAUCUCUCAUCAUCCCUGACUGAUUACUAUGUUGUCCGGGAUUGAUGGGAGUUUGGAGUCAAGCAUCAUCUAGAGGAUCACAGGUUCCCCAUCUCUUAAAGCACCAAGUACCCUCUUUCUUCUUCUUUUUUAUCCUAGUUGUGGGUAACUGUCAUUCCCUGUUCCAGAGGCUUCAUUUUGACAAUAAAGUAAGUCAAUCCUGUUUUGUGGUUGUGGAUCGAACCUGUGCCACCAUGGCUGGCAAACAGGAGCCUUGUUCCCUUGAAGAUUCUAAUUUAUUAAAAUAAUGCUUUUGGCUAGGA